UUUUCUCUCCUCCCAAAAAUAACGGGUAAGAACAUCUCUCCCCAUGGACAGGAGUGAGAUAGACACAUGGGUCCCGAACAGAUUCCUUUUCCCCUUAAUUAGGUUUAGGUUCGUCGGGGAUCCGAGGGUGACACCGCCAAUAAAAGGUGUGAGAUCAGCGGCAUUCUUUCUGCAAAGGGCCCCACUGGAAAAGCUCGUCCUCUCUCUCCCGCUGCUUCCCGGUACUCGACCCUUCAGCUGCACUAUUGUUGCUAAAGCCUGAAAAUAUUUGUGAUUUAUGCUCAGUUUUGUGUUGAAAAUUGAAAGAGGGAAAAACGCGGCGAUCCUGUUUUCUUCCUCCUCUAUUUGACCUACUCGGUCUCUUCCGUUUUAUUCUUCUUUAUUUGUUUUCUAUAUGAUGAGGUUUUUAUUAGGGUUUCAGUCUUCUUUGGUUCCAAGAUCGUGAAGUUCCAUUUCUCGAUUUCAUUAGUUGGUUUGAUUCGUAAGCUGAUUCAGUAAGGGUUUCCGAGCUUUUGAAACUCGACCUGUUGUUGCUCGUAGUCAUGUCGAGGCCCCAGGUAACGAUAACACUGGGGCGUAGUGGUCAGGUUGUGAAGAGGCCGGGAUUAGAAAGUAGUCGUUCUGCUCAUGUUCAAUCAUCCGGGGGUAAGCGAUCUGUAAGGGAGAGACUAGGAAGUAAUGCGGACAAUCCAUUGAAUUAUGGGAGCCAACCCAAAAGCAAACGACGAAGGAGAGAUGGCAAUAAGUGGAGUCCAAGUAAUAAUCUUGUGAAUGAUGCUCCGAUUGGCAGAAAUGACCUAAGGUUUAAGUUGAUGCGGAAGAACAUGUCUAGGGGAACUAGGAGUGAUGGUGAAGAAUAUGACAUGGACCGCCGUAAAAAGCCAUCAAGAGCAGAACACUCUGCUAUGGCUGCUACUCAUUCGAGGCAACGCAUGCCUGCCCCAAAGGUCAAUGGCCUUGGGAGGCAUAUUCCCCCAACAAGGAGUGCAGAUGAUUUGCUUCGUAUGAACUCACUGAGGAAAUCUUACUCGCCGUGGACUAUGGGUGGAUUGAGACAUAGAUCCCCCUAUAGGAAUUUAGGGACUUCUAGGGGUCUCUCUCCUCCAAGGAAUAUGGAUGAUCGCCGGCAGGCGCCAUCAAUUAGACCUGUUGAUGCUUCUAGACCACCUUAUAUGAGCAAAGACAAUUUUGAUACUUCCAGGUCUACAGGUCCUACAAUGUAUAUGACAAAAACUAGUGUAGCUCCAGAUCCUGCGAAACCAGUUGCGCGACACCCUCCUCCAAGUGGCAUCAUGCAGAAGAGUUCAUAUAUGGGUGAGGAACCACAUACUACUGUUGCUAGCCUUCUACUUUCACUUGGUCUGGGGAAAUAUGCCAUCAUCUUUCAGGCUGAGGAAGUGGACAUGACUGCAUUGAGGCAGAUGAGGGACAAUGACCUCAAAGAGCUGGGAAUACCCAUGGGUCCGAGGAAGAAGAUUCUUCGUGCUGUCAUGCCUCGUUCCAAACAACCACCUUGGACUAGUAGAACUUAGAUUGCCACACUUAGAGAGCGUUGUUCUUUUCUAUGAUCAGCAACCAGAUCAAGAACCUCCAUAUCAGAUUUUUAACCAUUGGCGUUUCACCUCACAUUGAAGGCAGUGCCCAUGAGCCAACUGAGAGAUGAUUGAAUCCUUCAUCCUUCCAGCUUCAAUGGAAUUUGAGAGCUAACCUGCAUCAUAGAUCUGAAGUAAGUUAAGUGGAGAUGUACAAUGAGAAAUGUUAUUGCAUCAUGUUUUAUUUGGAUUUUCCCACUCUUGCUUUAAAUUUAGGAUGAAGGAAUUAGAUUGGUUAAUUGAGUUUUGGAUCACAUUAACAAUAGAUUUGUGUAUAAGGUACACCCUAAUGCGAUAAUAUUUUCAUGACUAAUAAAUUCACUUCCGAGAA